GCUAAUCUACCUUUCUUUUCCUAUUCGUGUUUAUUCAGUCAUAAAAUUUUGCCGGUGGUGUUGAAGUGACGAAAGCACGACAACAAAAUUUGUACAACAGAAUAAACUGAAAAAUUUGAUAAGCAGAAAUUUUAAUAUACAUGUAUCUAAAUAUGCAAACGCCAAUAAAGUACCUGCCAAAUCUAGUUGCCAUUGUUGUGUUCAUCAUUUGGACGCCAGCGACAGAGGCCAGCUCAUGCGCCGGCUGUGUGGAACUGGAUGAACUGAACUUCGAUCAGACUAUCGAGCGCUUCCCUUACGCUCUGGUCAAGUUCGACAUAGCUUUUCCAUAUGGCGAAAAACACGAAGCUUUCGCCGCAUUAUCAAGGGCGGCACACAAAGUUACCAAGGAGCUGCUGGUAGCUACUGUUGGCAUCAAAGACUACGGCGAGAAUGAAAACAAGGAACUGGGUCUAAGAUUCAAUGUGGACGACAAGAAUUUCCCCGGUAUUUUGCUCUUCAAAGAUGGAAAAGUGGAUAAAUUUGAGCGCUUUCCCGCUUAUCUGGAUGUGACAUUGGACAAUUUGAAAAAAUUCGUGACGCAGAAUACGGAAUUGUACAUUGGACGCGAUGGCUGUUUGAAGGAGUUUGAGGAAUUAGUAAAAAAAUAUGCCAACAAAGAGGACUCCGAACAGAGGAAAUUGAUAGAAAAAGCUGAAAAAAUAUCGCAAGAGCUAACGAGCGUAGCCGCAAAGACAAGUGCUAAAGCGUAUAUCGUUUUCAUGAGGAAAAUCAAUGAGAAGGGCUACGACUAUGUGGAGGAGGAGACAAAGAGGUUGCAGCGUCUGAAAGCUGGAAAAGUAACGGAUGCAAAGAAAUUGGAGCUGCAACAAAAGCUUAACAUACUGGAGGCAUUUAGAGUGACUAAACUGACCAAAGGGUUGCCAAACGAAGAACUCUAAAAGUGAUGUACAAAUCGCAUGCAGAAAUAUGUACAUAGACACAUAAAAAC